AUGGCUGAGGAUAAAAUCUUUGUUUCUUUCAUGUACCAGAGAUGUUCACAAAACUUAAAAUUAGACGAUUCGCUAAAUUCUUUUAGUGAACACAUUUCUGCUGACCUAAAUUUACAAAUCCAUUCCAACAUUUCCAAUAUAGACCCAGACUUUGAAUCACAAGCUACAAGUUUCGACCAUUACAUCCCUCCGUGUAGAUUAUCUGAUUCGCGAUAUGGCAUUAGUGGAUUUAUGCUUAUUUCGGAUGAAAACGAAGUGGAUUUAUUGAGUCAACAAUUUAGAGCUAAAGCAUCUCUUUUCGAUCAUUUAUCAAACUUGAACGCGUGUUGUGAGUAUUAUAAAGAGCUUCACGCUGAAAAAGAUGAACUGAAAUUGGCAGAGUUGGAAAAGGAGGUUCAGGAUAUAUCUGAUAACGAAAUGAAACUUCUAGAUGAACUAGAAGCCCUUGAGAAAGAAGAGUUUGAUUGUCUUGAAGCUAUAACUGAAAAUGAGGACAAUGCUAAAAAAAUAUCUCAAGAAGAUAGAUAUUGA